CCCUUCAAGUGGAGGGCUCUAUUUAAUGUGUUUUGAAAAGCUUUAAAUAGGUCGAGAUCUGUGCUGAUUACAUCUCACCUAUUUGUUCUGCCUGCUUAUUAAAUCAAAGGGCUUGCUGCUGAGUUUGUAAUUCUAGUUAUAUUGCUGAGAUAUGAAUAGGCCAGGAGAGUGCAUGUGUAAUAUGUUUGUAUGGUGUAUAUUCGCAUUGAUUGUGACGGUGCCAAUCUGCACAGAAGCUUCAAGAAUUCGUCAUUACAGAUGGAAUGUAAAGUAUGAGUAUAAAUCUCCCGACUGCUAUGAGAAGCUGGUGAUCACCAUUAAUGGCGAAUUUCCAGGUCCAACGAUUCUUGCUCAGGAGGGAGACCUCAUCUAUGUCGAGCUCACUAACCUUUUACCCACUGAGAAUGUCGCCAUUCAUUGGCACGGAAUUCGCCAGAUUGGGACUCCAUGGAGUGAUGGUGCAGAAGCAAUCACACAAUGUCCCAUUUUACCAGGGCAGACUUUUGUUUACAAAUUUACUGUGGAUAGACCGGGCACAUAUCUCUACCAUGCCCAUUAUGGGAUGCAAAGGUCUGCAGGUUUGUAUGGGUCUAUUCAUGUAGCCGUUGGUAAAAGAAAACAAGAGCCCUUUUCUUAUGACGGCGAGCUCAGUGUUAUAUUGAACGAUUGGUGGCACAAAAGUCACCAGGAGCAAGCCCAUGGCUUGUCUACCAUCCCCUUUAUCUGGGUGGGCGAACCAGAGUCAUUGCUUAUUGGAGCGCGUGGAUCCUACAACUGUUCCCUUCUAAAAUCAAUAAGCAAUGCAGCAGGGAGUGGUAGUAUCUGCAAUUCCACAAAUCCACAGUGUUCAACUCCACACAUUCUAUCUGUGAAACCUGGCAAAACUUAUCGUCUGCGCAUUACUAGUGUAGCUUCUCUAUCUUCCUUCAAUUUUCUUAUUGAGGGACACAACAUGACCGUGGUUGAGGCAGACGGGCACUAUGUGGAGCCAUUUGUGGUGCAAGACCUCAACAUAUACUCCGGAGAGACAUAUUCAGUUCUCAUAAGGGCCGAUCAAGAUCCUUCUAGAAAUUACUGGGCAGCUCUUAACGUACGUGGGCGUCAACCCAAAACACCCACAGGGCGAGCCAUAUUAAAUUACAUUCCAAACUCUGCUACCAAGUUUCCUCCUAACAUACCUCCAACUGGGCCCCUCUGGAACGAUUCUUCAUACACCUUGAACCAGGCAAAAUUAUACAAGGCCAAAGCAGGAUAUGUAGACCCCCCUCCUCUUCAAUCCAGUAGGCGUAUCAUACUUCUAAAUACACAGAAUAAAAUUGAUGGCUAUACGAAGUGGGCAAUCAAUAACAUUUCGUUUGUACCACCCCAAACGCCAUAUCUGAUAGCUCUCAAACACAAUCUAAGUAAAUCAUUUGAUCAAAUCCCAGCCCCAGAAAAUUACCUGCCUUAUGAUAUACUCAGCCCUCAAAAAAACCAAAAUACAACAUAUGGUAACCGAAUCUAUAAACUGCAGUUUAAUUCCACAGUAGAUGUGAUUUUGCAGAAUGCCAACAUGCUAGCCAACAAUGCAAGUGAGAUACAUCCGUGGCAUCUUCAUGGCCAUGAUUUUUGGGUUCUGGCUCAUGGAGAAGGGGCAUUUGAUCCAUUGAAGGACACAGAAAAAUUUAACCUAAAAAACCCUCCAUUGAAGAACACUGUGCCUUUGCUUCGAUAUGGAUGGACGGCUAUAAGAUUCAGAGCUGACAAUCCAGGGGCGUGGCAGUUCCACUGUCAUGUAGAAGCUCAUUUCUUCAUGGGAAUGGGAGUCGUGUUUUCAGAGGGAGUGGAGAGAAUCUCAAGGCUUCCCACAUCUAUAAUGGGCUGUGGUGAAAGCAAACGUUUUUUCAGGCAUUGAAUUGUUUUAGUGCUCAAUUUAUUAUUUGUGAAUAUGAUUGCAAUAACACAUGGUGAAGAUUUCAAUAAUCCAAAGAAUGCUGGAAUAUGUGACUUUGGUAAAGCAGUUUGAUGUAAUUUUAA